AUGCGUCGGAUAUCUCCUUUAAUACGACAUUCAAUACCACCUAGAAACCCAAUUGGCUACCGAUAUUCCCCAGGGAGAGUUCAAUGGCUUUCAUCCACAUCUUCACGCCUUUGCUCGUGCUCUGAUCAACAACCACAGCAACAGCCCCCGGAAAACCAACCUGCGUCGUCGGCUGACUAUCGCGCAUUGGGGACCGCCCAAGACCUUUUUACCACAUCUAUCUACAGUCCCGGAUCACCCCUAUUCCUUCCGAACGGUGCCCAUAUCAUCAACAAGCUUACCUCCUUCCUCCGCACACAAUAUCUCCAAUAUGGAUUCCGCGAAGUCCUAACACCGACAAUCUAUAAGAAAUCGCUCUGGGAGGUGUCCGGCCAUUGGCAAAAUUAUAAAGAUGACAUGUACGAGGUGCGCGGGCGAGGAGCCAUGGGAAAUACAGACGGAGAAGCUGGGGAGAACGAGUCCUACGGGCUGAAACCAAUGAAUUGCCCGGGGCAUUGCUUGUUGUUCAAGUCGCAGAACCACUCUUACCGAGAACUUCCUAUCCGCUACGCCGAUUUCAGCCCGCUUCAUAGAAACGAAGUUUCUGGUUCGUUGAGCGGUCUCACACGCGUUCGGCGAUUCCACCAAGAUGACGGCCAUAUCUUUUGUCGCCCGCAACAGAUUAAGGGGGAGAUAAAAUCAGCGCUUGGAUUUGUUGAUUUGGUGAUGACGACGUUUGGUUUGGGGCCAUAUCGGCUUGUGCUGUCGACAAGGCCCGAGAAAGAUUUCAUUGGUGACGUUCAGCUGUGGGAUAGUGCCGAGAGUCAGCUGCGCGAAGCUUUAGACCAGACAGGGAAACAUUGGGCGAUAAAUGAAGGCGACGGCGCAUUCUACGGCCCCAAGAUUGAUAUUCAGCUUCAGGACAAAGCUGGCAAGUAUCAUCAAUUAUCUACUAUUCAAUUGGAUAUGAACCUACCACAACGGUUUGAAUUGGAGUACCAAGUCGCGGAAGGAGAGGAUGACUACAACCCCGCUACACCUGGAAGGGCGACGCCCGUAUUGAUUCACCGCGCGAACUUUGGCUCUCUGGAGCGUUUUCUCGCACUGCUCAUUGAGGAAUAUUCCGGUCGCUGGCCGUUCUGGCUAUCCCCCCGACAGGGGAUUGUAUUGACCGUGAAUCAGGACGAGGCUGUUGUGAAGCAAGCACAUGAGGCGGCUGCAAAGAUAUCAGGCUUCAAAGCUCUUGAUCAGGGUGUUGUAGGUGAAGGGAUACCGCAACCUCUGUCAGCUGUGGACUCCACAUUCCUGGUCGAUGUGGACGCAGGUAGCCAGACACUAGGCAAGAAGAUCCAGCGGGCGAAGCAGAUGAAAUACAACCUCAUCUUCAUUCUUGGCCCCAAGGAUUUAGCGAACUCUCGUCUUACGGUCGAUAUUACGGGUCAGCUGCAAAGCAAGCCUGACCGCAGCGCCCAGACGCUGCGGGCCGUGUUGGCUAAACGGCUCGGUGAAGAAGUGCUGCAGAAUCCGCGGGCGAUCCCGGUGCCGAUUGACGAAGUUCACGAUUUAUUGGUGCAGUUGGAGAAGCACUUUGUAUAG